AUGGAGUCCACGUAUAGGAAGUUUGAGGUGUUGGGAGACGUUUGCAACACGUUGCUGUUUGUGAUCACUGCCGUGGUUUCCUAUUGCAUGCUCUACCGAUUCCCUGAUGAGUCAUUCUUUGAUCAGAGUUGGCUUGACAACGGAUUUUGUGUUUCCAGUCCAGACUCCAAAAUCUGGAAUUCUCAUAUCUUGUCGUUUUAUUCGGAUACUCUCAUGAGUCUGGCGCUGGCUGCCUCGUAUUACCGUAUGUAUUACAAUGCUGCAGUGGCAAUGGAACCUGACCUGCAAAGGGCGCUCUUGGCAGGAGCCUCUCAAGGGGUAUUCUUUCAUGGUCUAGGUCAUUUCUACUACGGAACCAUGGACGCAACCGGUUGGGACUUGACAUGGUCCAACCGCCGCAUCACACAAAGUAUCAUUUCCCACGCAGUCACUAUCGCAGGUUUGAGUGGAAUCUUCACAGGAACACUGGCAUUGGCAUCCUUUCCACGCAUACUGCUCACAGCAAUUGUGGGAACUGCAGGAUUGACCUUGCUGCAGGUGCCUCCGACAAUGAAUUUCGUAUACCUGCAAGCCAUCAUCUACUUGACUUCAGCCCUUCACAUGUUGUCCCUCAAUACAAGGAACAAACAAACUCCUGCAUAUCCUGUAUAUCCCCUACUUCAGUUCCCCAUAUUGGCCGUUGGAGUCAUGGAGUGCAUGGCCUGUCAAACAAUCUUGGCUCCUCUGGGAGGUCACUUGGUCUUUGAUACUACCAUCAGUAUCACAUGGCUGCUAUUGCCACUCCUCACUAACUACUAUUUGGAUCCAGCAACUGCUCAUGGCCAGGAUAGAAGCAAGGCCAUAGCACCCAAAAAGAGUGUGUAG